UGAGCCCAGGCAUAGCCGAUAUAUUCCAAAUGGGCAGGAUUCCUCCGAGUCUGACGCUUGGAGAAAAGGCCAGAGCACAAACCAUGAUUCAGAGACUUUAAGGAGGCCAGUAUUAAAGGAAGCGUAAAUCAAAAGUUUGGCGUUAACAUUAAAUUUUAAAAACCAACAUGUCAAGACAAGGGACAAAUAAGAUCAUGAGACCUGGUACCAGUAUCUCUCGGACUAUCGAAUACCCUGUCCACCAAGAGGCAUCAGAGAAUGAAUCAGGAAAUGAGACGACUGGGCAGUUGCUUCUCAGUGAAGAAACCAUUCAUGAGAAAAGCAAUCCUAGAUGUGAGAUGAAUAGAAAACAUUCUAAGUGUGCCUUUUUGAGAAGAAACAGUCUCAUAAUUAGCGUGCUGAUUGGGGUGGCUUUAGGAUUUAUCUUUGGUUUUGGUCUGAGAGUCGUGGAACCUUCAGACAAUGCUAUCACUUGGAUUGGUAUACCAGGAGAAAUUUAUAUGCGGAUGCUGAAAAUGAUGCUUCUUCCUCUGGUUGUGUCAACUAUCAUAACAGGAGCUGCUUCCAUGGAUCCAAAAUCAAAUGGGCGGAUAAGUGCCCUGUCUAUGGGUUACAUCAUCAUUACCAACACAAUAGGAGCCAUUAUUGCAAUAGUUGUCUUCUUGAGCAUUCAGCCAGGAAAAGAUUUGAAGAUCCCUAGUUCCCAGAACAGUGAUUCCAUACAGACGGAUAUUGAAACCAGCGAUAUGUUCGCCGACAUGAUCAGGAAUUUUUUUCCAGAUAAUAUAGUGACGGCUUGUUUCCAAAAGACACAGACAAAAUAUUCCCAUGUCUCACAAGUGAUUAUGGUGAACGGUACCAAUAGUUCGGUUACAGUUGUACAAAAAUCCGUCUCCUCAACAUCAGGAGUAAACAUACUGGGACUUAUUAUUGCUAGCUUGUUAUUUGGUAUCACUGCCAGCAAGUUAGGAAAGAGGGUGAAACCUUUCAUAGAAUUGUUCGAAACCAUAUCCAUCCUCGUUAUUAAACUCUUAAAGUGGAUCAUUUGGAUGACCCCUGUUGGAGUUGCAAGCCUGAUAGCGACAGCCAUUUUGAAAGCGUAUGAUAUAGAAAACAUUUUCAGCAGUAUGGGUAUGUUCGUUCUAGCCCAUGUAGUUGGCUUAACAUUUCACCAGUUGGUCCUUAUUCCAGUCACCUAUUUCUUAGCAACCAGGAGAAACCCUCUCUAUUUCUUCAGUGCCAGUCUUCGGCCUUGGCUAACCGUAUUUGGACCACCCAGCACGGCUAUCGGAAUACCGGAAAUGCUUAGAACACUUGAUGUUAACCUACAUGUCGACACUAGGAUAUCCAAUUUCCUUGUUCCUGUAGGAGCUACUUUGGAGCGAAUGGGAAGUUGUAUAUUCAUCUGUUUAUCUGCCCUGUUUAUGGUACAAUUGGAAGGAAUCUCAAUCGAUGCAUCUAAGAUUCUGUUAAUUGGUCUGCUGUCAACUGUGGGCUCUCUGGCAGUUCCAUCUGUCCCUAGUGCCAGCAUUGUUUCCCUUUUGGUCGUCCUGUCUUCCGUAGAUGUUGAAGUGCACAAUAUAGGUCUUCUGAUGGCUUUGGAGUGGUUCAAUGACCGUGUCCGAACUACUAGCAACACCUUGACCAUCAUUAUUGGGGCUGUUGUUAUUGACAGACUCUGUAGGUCUAGUCUGAGAUCGGCCACAAACGACAGUUUCGAUGAAGAUCCUACAAAAGAAUCGGAGAUCAAAGUUAUUGUUGAUAAUGGAUUAAAUAUCACAAAGAUUUGACAGCAGUUCAA